AUGUUUCCUUCAACAUUUACUAAAUUUAGUUUACUUCCAAAAUGUUUGUUCAAUCGUUUGACUCGAGUAGUUUAUGGAUCUGGUCUUUGCUCAACUGGCGCUUUAGCAAUAGAAAAGCUUUUGACUCAACAAGUUCCUUUUAAAUUAGGGAAAAUUGUUGGAGCUGAAGCAACUGGAGUUUCAUGUAUUGUUUGUAAUUCUGACGGUCAAGUCUUCACUUGGGGUUCUCAUGUACUCGGUUUUGGACCAAAAAUUGAAAAAUUUACAAAGCCAAUGCAAAUUGACCCGCCUUUAUUUACUUCAGCAAUGAAUGAAAAAAAUUGGGUUGUUAAGGUUUUUGCUGGUGGUAGUUGUAUGGGAGCAUUGACUGAAGCUGGGCAUUUGUUCACUUGGAGUUCAAACAAACACGGUGUUUUGGCACUCUCUCAUCGAAAUCAACAAUAUUUUCUAUCUACAUUUACUUUCAAACGUUCUUUUCACAGUGGAAAUGAUAAACCAAAAGGAAUUUUUCAAAAUUUUAAGGAUCUCUUUAAACGUUAUUGGUAUAUUGCUUUCCCUGUUCAUUUGGCACUUUCAAUUUUAUGGUUUUCAAUUUUUUAUUCUACAUUGCAUUUGUUAUUGUUACUGGGUUAUGAUGUUGUUAGUUUACUUGAGUUUUUACGAUUACCUAAAAAUUGGAUUCAAAAAAUUAGAGAUUUGCCUAAAUCAGCUGGGACGUUGACUGCUACUUUAAUUCUUUUCAAGGUUGUUUAUUAA